UAUCAUAAAUCAAAGCGUCGUUGUGGAAAAUGUUAUUAUUUCUUUGAUUUGACGCCCGGCACUCGUCGAUUUCACCGAAAUUGUUACGUCGACUUGGCACGAAUUGACAGUAUCCGAACGCAACAUCGAUUUUUGAACCUGGUAUUCACGACUUGCUUCGAUCUGUUAUUCGACACACGUAAUCAUAUUCGCAAAUAUCAUUAAAUGACGUUUACGAUCAAGUGUAAGACUUGGCGGGCGAAAUUCGAUUGUUGAUUUCUUUUUUCACCAAGUUAUACAUUGUUAUCGACGUACUGUCGAAGGUUUUAAACGGUUAAUAACUGUCAGAGAGACCAAAGUGGGCCGGAAAACGCCAUAACCUAUAAAAAUGUCCAGUGAUACAGCCAAUGAACCAAAUCUCAAAAAUCGAAGUAGUCGAAUGAUCGAUGGCUUGACAAAGUCGUUGAGUGAUGAAAAUACAGAGGACAUCUUGAAUCUGAUCAAAGAUGAGGAAUUUUUCUCAUGUUUGGAAGAUGCUUCGUCGGAUUUGAUACCAAUCAUUUCAGGCUAUCUAACCGAAAAUAAUUUGAGAAACAAGCCGCAGUUAUUCGAAUGCUGCGAAAAGCUGUUGAACAUAAUAGCGAUACAUUGCAACGCGGACGAAGCGCUUUUGGAAUUCAUUGAACAAGCCGAAUGUCCUGAAAAUGACACUAAAUUUUGCGCCAUUCUAAAACCACUGGGAACAACGUUACAAAAGAUUACAGGAUCCAGAGGCAGGUCUUUAGAAUGGUGUAUCAACACGAUGAAAUCGCAUGUCUCCGAACUGCCACUUCCAACCAAUUAUAACUUUGAAGGAGAUGAGGUUAUUCUCGCCGAAACAGACCCAGCUGUGUUCCGACUUGUUAACAUCUAUCAAGAACUUUUAACAUUCCUCGCGCCGUUCAUCGAUGAGGUGUCUCUAAAGACCAGCAAAAACCGUAACGAAAAUCAGAGGCAAUUACUUUUGAGCUCGUUGAUUAGCUUGCUUGGCAAGCCGUUUUGUCAUUUGGCGCUUGAAGACGAAAAAAGCAAGCAAAGGACACUUGCCAAAGAAAUACUCAAGAGCAUUUCAAACUUGACUGGCAACUUGUUUCGCUACUUCGAAUACGUCGAGCAGAGAAUGCUCAAAGGACAAGUUCAGAGCUCAAAAACACCUUUGGAUGAACCAGAAAACGACUUCUCGUCUGGCGAUGGAGAUUUGUUCGCUAUGGAUGAAAUUAUCUCUGAUCUGGCCUAUGCCAAUUACUAUUAUUUGAUUCUUAGUCUCGAAUUGGAACUUGGAUCGGUGCCUUGUGUCUACGAUCCUCAAUAUGUUCUUCAUAAUUCUUUGUACUUGUCUUCCUGUAUGCUAAAAAAUCCAGAGUACAUACUGAUUUGGAAAGGACUUCAGCUGGCCAAAGCAGCACUUGUUAGAAUCGAAGCGUUUACUGUAGAUAACGACGUCUUGGAAUUAAAGAUACACGAAUCGUUCGUUCAGAAUCUGAGUCAAGUAAUGAUCUACUGCGACGCACGCGAAAAACGAGACCUCGCUCUAAAGGUCUUCAAUCUUUAUCUAAAUAUAUUUACUAUCAAGGCAAAGUAUUUGUUAAUAUUACACUUGUACGAUUUGUUUAGUCAUUCGGGAUUACUCAGCUAUCUUACGACUGUUGUAAAAGACUGUGUGGUAAAAUGUCUGGAUUCGGACCCAGUAGAUCCAACUUUCACGGGUAAACGGAUGUUUGCUCUCUUGGCGAAGGCCUGUAAAAUGCCGUUCAAAACUUCCGUAGAUUUGGUCGAAAUCUCGGAUGGGAUAAUCGCUAGCUUGAAUUUGAUCAGAUUCCUGGUCAUCCGCGAUAAGACAAAUGUAACUGGUAUUUGGAAUUAUACCGCAAAACUAGAGAGCGAUUUUCUCAAGCCACUCCGAACCGCGUUGCACAUAACGAGAUCUCAUUAUGAACUCAAAAUUAAGGAUCUUGAAGUUCAGAGGAAGCUGGAUAAGUCUAAGGAGAAAAAUUGUGGCAGCAAAUUAGAUGAUGAAGUUAGCGUCACAGUCGGUGGAGAAACUCUGCCUACUAUACCUUCCACGGAGAAAAUUCAAUUUUGUCGGCAUGCACUAAAUGCAUUCGAUGUCGUGGAAAGCAUUUUGAUAAGGGUCAAUGAAUGCAUCGAAAAUCGCAAAAUUGAAUGAUACUUAAAAACUAGAAAAUCGUUUUUUAUCAUGUUUCAUUUAUGGGUUUAUCAUAUUAAUAUACUGCAUUUUUUUUAAGAGUGUACCAAUCAAAAUCAAAAGUGGGAAAAUUAGAAAAAACCAUUUAGAAAAUCUCCAGCAAUGUUAUUUGCGCCAAUAAUGGUGGAAACGAAUGAAACAACUUUUCUACGGUAUAAUAGUAAUAAAUUUAGACAAAUUCGGGUGAUACAGGUUGAGCUAUGAA